AUGGAGGAAGAACAGAGAAGAAGACGCAAAAAUAUAGGAAAGAGUAGGCCUAUCUUAGGAAAGAAUAAAGGCAAGCGAAAGAAAAAGGGUAAACAGCCCACCAAGAAAAUGUUGAAAGCCAACGCUGAGGAUGCUGAGGCCUCAGACAAUGAAACCUUUCGUGUUGUCUAUACACGAGUGAAUAAAAGGUCGCCGCCCGGGCAUGAUGGUCAGCAAAAGCAGCACAGAAACCCUCGAAAGAAGUCAGAAGAGACAAAGAUACAGAGAGACAGAGACAUGGACCUGAAGCAGAUUCUCAUCUUCGGGAUGUUUUUCCUCGUGCCCGUGUCCCUCCACUGCAUGAGAGAGGACAGGGUGGCGGAGGCAGCGGAGAAAAAACUGGGGAUGCUUGUGCCCGAGGGGGAUGCAGUUGAAACGGAGGCAGCUGGAGAACCACCUGCCUGCCCCGUGGAGCUGUACCGGAGAUAUGCACCUCAGAACCUGAGCAGCAGGUCCCUGUCUCCCUGGAGAUACGUACUUAGAACAAUGCCUGAUUACUUUCCUUCCUCGUAUUAUGAGGCUCAGUGUCUCUGCGAGGGAUGCAUCUUGAUCGAGAAUGGACCAGACAGGGAGAAGAGACUUGUGCUGAGCGAUGACUACAACUCAGUCCCCAUAUAUCAGACCAGAAGAUUUCUGAGGAAGGAGCUCUGUGACAACAGGGAGAUCAGGGAGAACGAGGAGACCUACCGCUUGAGGCCUGUUUCUGUGAAAGUGGCUGUGGGUUGUACCUGUGUCAGACCCAGGGUGCAGUGGUGA